AUGGAAUUUGUUGAACAGAAAAUUAUCGUUUAUUUGCUACAAAUAAUUUCGGAAUCGUCCAAUAUUUCAGUCACAACAUUGACAGCUUUACGAAAAGCUGCUUCUUUGCAUCAAUCGGUCACACCGUUGCGUCCAUUGCCGAUCAAAAGCAAUUCAUCGUCUAAUGCAUUUUGUGUUGCAUUACCAGCGACAAUAACAAAAAAAGCUUUAAAAAGGACAGCUAAACGGAUGGAUGAAGCUGGAAGGAAAGCAAGAAUUCUUGAAAAUGCUAUCACAAAUAUUGCCCAACAAAACCGAAAUCGUUCCAUAUUCCAUUCCGUGGAACAGUUAGCUCAAUCCGGUUAA